AUUUAAAAAAGCUGACAACCCAGUUUACGAUUUAUAAACAUAAACUUGUUGCCAAGAUAUGAUAAGCUCACGAUAAGCGUGUAGGCGCCUAAAACUGAUCAAUUAUAGCAUAACUAUAGUGCUACCUAGACAGCAGUAAACCAAAAAUAAUGUCGGAGCAGACUGAAUUUAGCUUUCGGCGUGCCGAAAUAGAGGAUAUUAAAGCAGUUCGAGAAAUGAUACAGGAGCUGGCUGACUUUGAACGCAUGAGCAAUGGCCCCGAGCUAAGUGAACAGGAUCUUAUACGUGAUGCGGGCCUGUCUGGUGGCCCAGAAUAUUGUCAAAUCUAUGUGCUCGUAGACAAUGCCACAAGACAUAUCAUCGGCUAUGCGAUCUGUUUCAAUUCGUAUUCCACAUGGCAGGGACGUGCUUUAUUUCUCGAGGACAUCUACGUGCGUCCUGCAUACCGCAAACGCGGCGCCGGCGCUCGCAUCUUUCGUGAAGUGGCCGCCUUGGCAGUUAAGUUUGGCUGCCGUCGUCUGGACUUCCAUGUGCUCAGCUGGAAUCCGGCGCGCGGGUUUUACGAGCGCUUAGGUGCUAGCAAUCUAACCGCCAGCGAGGACUGGCACUACUACCGUGUGGAGGAGGCACAAUUGAAAAAACUAAGCAGCGAGCUGCUGCCUUAAAUCACAGACAUUAGAUUUGUCUAUUUCUUUUAGGUUAAAUAACAAUGCAUUUGACAAUAAAUAAUA